AGCUCGGGCUGGCGCCGCAGUUGUGAGCAUCUGGCCAUCAACUACAGCAAGUUCUGGAUCCCGGACAGAGAACCGGGCGCACAGGCCGCCUGAGGUGCGGGCAGGGGGCUGCUGCCCCAACAUGAGAGUGUGGCGACAUCCCGCCGCCCUGCGUGUCCCCCCCACCGACCCCCCACUCCAGAUAGCUGCUGACUGUGGUUUAGAAUGGGACGCGCCCACUAACAACAGGAAUUCUAUUAAGGUCGAAACUGACUUCACAAAAAAUGGAAAACUGUCAGAAGGCAGAAGCAAGUCAUCGUACAAGAUGUUGAUCCAGAAGCUGGCGGAGCUGAACACGCUGGGGGAAUCUGGUGGCGAUCUGAGGAAGGUUUACAGAUCCACGCUGGAGGCAGAGCAGGUGUGGAAGAAAAACACUGUGAAUCAGCAGCUGGAGCCCACUGUGGCCUCAACAGGCAGCGUACAGACGUCAGGUCCACAGCGAGAUGUCCACUUCCACUCAUCGUUGCCACCGCGUGCCUCUGCCUUGCACAACGCCCGAUGGCCGGGGAUCGAGGGGUGCAGAGGUGAAGGUGAGCCCAUCGACCCGUUCCAAUGUCGGCCCAUCCCGGUGAGGAGGGGGGACCGGCGCUUCUUCCUCCCUCUCUGGAUCCUGAAGCCCACCAACAACAAGCCCAGCGUGCUGCUGCCCGGUGGCCAAUGCACCGCCCGCCGUUCCUGCGUGGGCCUUGGCCAGGAGCCCUCGGAAGCCGAGGAGAUGUCCUCUGGGCAAAAGAUGGAGGAAGAGGGCAGCGGGUACCCCUACCCCGACUUCCUGCCGCCGCCUUUCAACAGGGUGGACUUUGGCGAGUUGUCCUUGCUGGAGGAGCACCAGUGGAAAGAGGCUCUGCCCGCCAGACCCAACAGCCCCUUGGGCCAACUGAUCGGCCGCAUCGUGCAGUUGGAGAAGACCCAGCUCCUGACCAUCCAGAGGGAGAAGGGCAGGCAGCCGGACACGGCGCCGGGAUCCAGCCCCAAGGCCUCCUCCUCCUCCACCCGCAAGAAGGCCAAGAGGAGCAGGAAGUGCCGGAGAGGAGACCUGGUCUGCCUGCAGCAGCAACAGCCCUACUCCGAGGCGUGCCUCAAGAAGGCCAACCCGGCCAAGAUGGGCCACCACAAGCACUCGUACCGGGUGUCGUCUGGCCAGUCCUGCAACGACCCCCACGACCUGCACUCGUCCAGCGAGGACCUGAAACACAGGAGGCACCGCAGGGCCAACUGGAGCUCCUACCUCCCCUACAAGCGCAGUGUCCCCGAACAGGUCAUCCUCAGCAGGAACGACUCUGCCUUCGUCAAUAACCAACCCUUCAGCGCAGUGGAGGCUGGGCAAACCCUGGCUGUACACAACAAGCCCGCCAACAUCAUACACUACAAGCACAAGAAGAAGCAGGUGUAGCCUGCAUCCUUCCCUGCAGAACUGAAAUACUCGUCUCUGCACAGAACCCUCGUAUCUCCCCCUCUUGUCUCGAAUGUUCCCCUGAAUCACGUCACCAAAAUUUACUCCUCCUUUUCCCACACCUAGAUACUGCAGAUUUUUACGAUGUUACUGUUUUCUCUUUUUUUAAAAAAUAUAUAUAUAUAUGUUGGGAAUAAAGAUGAAUUUUAAUACUU